UGGUAUGUAAGCUUGGUAUGUUUGUAAGUAUGUAAGUAUGGUCUCAGGACUAUGAGGAAGGAUGGUCCCCCCAGAGGCUGGGAGUGAGCUUUACAGUGGGGGAAGGAGUUCCAGGAAAAGAAGUGGUUCUGUUGAGGAUGUAAGGGGGUGGUUUUGAGGGUCCCCAAAGGAACCCAGGCCUUUGGCCUCCCCUGCCCCCAAAGCAUUACAUUAUUUCCUCCAGCUUGUCUUCAUGUCUCUUCUGGUCCCAUCUCAGUCACCAAUUUGCUGUAUGAUUUUGGACCCCCCUGUGGCUACAGCCUUUCAACGUCAGUGAAUGAGAGGAGUCUGGAUUAUAAUCUUUGAAGGCUAUAAAGUCUACAACUCCUCUCAAAAGGGUGAUACUUCUCAGCUGAGAGAGAGAGAGGUCUCCCUUUAGCUUAAUCAAAUUCAUCACUCUUAACCUCUGCCGCUGAGAAAUUAUCUCCAGAAGCACAAAAACAAAGAUGUGGAUUAUAGACCCAGGCUCUGCACUAACCAGCUACAUGAGAGUGAACACGAGGUUGUUCUCUCUGAGCCCUGAUCACUGUACGUGAAUGGGUUUCAAAGCUGCCGACCUCUCAAAUGAUCAAGUGAGAAGAUCAAAAAACAACUGUAGGCAGUGUGCUGAUCUCAGCAGCCUUUACUGUUUUCCUUCCACCCACUGGCCUGGGCCCCCUAGAAAAUGCCUUGCACGUAGUUAAUUUUUCAAAGACUUGUGCAAUUAAUAAUUAGAUUCUCUCUAAAGUUUUGGCCAACAUCUCCUCCUUCUAGGCCUGCACACCCCGUGGUCUUCAUUUGCCCCCAGGAAGUGCCCUGGCCCUGACCAGGCCAGGUGAGGGGAGCUGGCAGAGGUCUGGGGAGCUUCCAGCCUCACUGUGGCUCUCCUACCUCUCUUGGGUCCCUCCCCCAGCUCCACUUGCUGCAGAAAGAAGUCUCUGGGUUUAGUAAAGUUGGUGACUAUGGUGACUUUGUCUUGUUGAAGGAGGGAAAAGGAAACUAACCUUUACUGAGCACUCUAUACCAGGCUCCCCGACUUCUCCCCACAACCUAGUUGGUACUAUAGUUGGUACUAUCCCUGAUUCAAAGAUGAGACAGAGGUUAUGUGCUUUGCUCAAGGUCACAAAUGGAACCUGGUUGGUCUGAAUUAGUCACUCAUGCUACCCAGGAAAGAUUUCUCUCUGAGAUUUUUCUGGACUUGUGUCUGCACAGUUAAGCAUAGAGCUUGUAUCUGAUACCCAAGGGGAAGGGAAAGGCUGGUGAGCAACAAGAAUGUUCAAACCCUGAUGUGAAGAGGAGCUGUAGCAGUGAGGGCAUUAGAGCCCAUUUCAGGCUGUCACAGCUUCAGGAUCCCAAAGUCUGAGCAGGAAGUAGGUGCUGGAAGCCAUUUCCUGAAGAUGGGCCUAUUUUCUAUUAAAGAGCUCCAUCCUCAUGAGUACUGAACUCUCCAUGAUGAUGACAGAAACCCAUACUUAAUCAGGCAUGGUGAAGGGUUCAAAGGCAAGGCCAGUGCUAUGUCACUGUGCCAUUCUGUGAUCUCCUCCAGAGAACCAAACUGGUAUAAUUAUUCCUUGUCUCUACUGAAAAGGAUGGAACCAUCUGAAAGAAUGAAACUACCUCCCUGAAUUACUUUAAUAAAGUUUUUGAAAAAAUUAGCAUUACCUUAGAAACCUGGGAAUUAAAAUGAUUCUAGGGACGCCUGGGUGACUCAAUCGGUUAAAUGUCCGACUUUGGCUCAGGUCAUGAUCUCACGGUUCAUGAGUUUGAGCCUUGUGUUGGGCUCUGUGCUAACAGCCCAGAGCCUGGAGCCAGCUUAGGAUUCUGUGUCUCUUCUCUCUCUCUGCCCCUCCUCCACUUGUGCUCGCUCUCUCUCUCUCUCUCUCUCUCUCAAAAAUAAACAUUAAGAAAAAUUAUUCUAAGGAUAAGACACUUGUCCAAAGAGCUAAUAAUCACUUUGGUCCAUUUAGCUAGUGUGUGUUGAGUGCCUUUUAUGGGCCAAAUGUCUCAUGAAAUGUUGAGGAAAUAGGCAAAAAGAGAUCUUUGUACUCAUUGUGCCAUAGAAUAAUGGCAAAUUAAACAAGUAAACACUAAUAAAUGAAUAAUUAAAACUUGGGAAGGGGGCACCUGGCUGCCUCAGUCAGCGGAGCAUGCAACUCUUGAUCUCAGGAUUGUAAGUUUGAGCCCCACAUUGGGUGUGGAGAUUACUUAAAAAAUAAAAUCUUAAAACAACAACAAACAACAACUUGAGGAGCACAACAGGGAGUCGACAGAGAGAGUGGCCUCUGGUGAAGUGACAUUCAGGACACAAUAAAUGAAACGGCCCUGGCCAAGCUUUUCUCAUGCCUUAUCUCUUGGACCCGGAUGUUGGAUUUCCCUUGACCCUGUGCUUCUGAGUGGUCUGCUGAGGAACGAUGGGAGGACAGCCCAGCAGAGGGAAAACCCAGCCAAGCCCAAGUUCAAGCCCCUCUGUGCAAGGCCCAGGCCCUGUGCCCACGCAAGCAGAGAUGGAGACUGGUCGACGGUGGUGUCAGAAGUUUCAGGCAUAGAAUAUAACAUCCCCAGCAUCCACGUGGCCAAAAUCUCCCAUGGGUGGCUGUAUGAGGGCCUGAGCCGGGAGAAAGCUGAGGAACUGCUGUUGCUGCCUGGAAACCCCGGAGGGGCCUUCCUCAUCCGGGAGAGCCAAACCAGGAGAGGCUUUUAUUCCCUGUCAGUCCGCCUCAGCCGCCCUGCAUCCUGGGACCGGAUCAGACACUACAGGAUUCAGCGCCUUGAUAAUGGCUGGCUGUACAUCUCACCACGCCUCACCUUCCCCUCACUCCAGGCCUUGGUGGACCAUUACUCUGAGUUGGCGGAUGACAUCUGCUGCCUACUCAAGGAGCCCUGUGCCCUGCGGAGGGCUGGCUCACUCCCUGGCAAGCCUAUACCCCCACCUGUGAUUGUGCAGAGGACACCACUCAAUUGGAAAGAGCUGGACAGUUCCCUCCUGUUCUCUGAAGCACCUGGCACAGGGGAGGCCUCCCUCCUCAGUGAGGGACUCCGGGACGCCCUCAGCUCCUACAUCAGCCUGACUGAUGACAGCUCCUUGGAUGAUGCCAGGGACCAAAGCAGAGACCAAAAGGGAAUCCAAGGCUGCGGCACCUAGACUCCCAGCUCAGCUCAGCCGGAGCAUUCAAGGCAAUCCAGGGUCCCACCUAUAUCCUCUCUCAGCCCUAAGAAGUCACUUAACCUUCUCCCAGUGCCAUGAACCCACCUGUAACCUCUAGUUCAAAUACAGACCAGCUGAAAAUACGGACAGGGCUCCGAAGAGACUAAACCUCUGGGGUUUGACCCAGUCAGUACCUGAGUUUGGGAUUUCCAGUACCAUCUUCCACCCCUGCCUGUUGAGUCCCCUUCUAUACCUCCAUAGCCCCACCCAUGAGGUAGAAACCACCACUAGCAUCAAGAAAAAAAAAAUCAUUUAAAGAGAAUUUACAUGUCUCACAAUACCAUACCUCAGAAGGUAGGAUUAUAGCCUAGAAGGGACAGGAAAGCAGAAGGGAUGGAUAUCUUACCCAGCAACAGAAUCCAGGAUGUCCAGCCCCUAUCUGGCCCCCAGAACAAAGAGGACCUCUGACAGUCCAAGUUGUCAAACAGCCUCAUCAAGCCUCUUCUCCAGAUAGUCCUAGCUCUGAGUUCUUUCGUUUUGUGGCUUAUCAUUUGAACCUAAGCUUUCCUGGCUACAAUGGCCUUGCCAUCUUGUGGCCAAAUGCAAAAUGGCACCUUCUGGGCCUAGCACACUGUAGUGAGGUCAGUCAUGUCUCUCAGUGCAGGACAGGGGUAUCAGAAGUCGGUAAGCCUCUCUCCACAAAGCUAAGGCCACAGCCUACACCAACUCUAGCCCCUCACUUCCCUGCUGCCCAUUAAGGAAAAGAGGCCUGGCUGGAGCUGCUAUAGGAGCAGGGGGAAGAGGAAGGGGAAUGGAGAUGGAGGGCAGGGUUUGGAGGCAAGAUAUUAGGUGGGAAAGGCUUUAACAGGUAUCAUCAACAGAUUCUCAAUUAAAGAUUUGAUUUAUUCAAGUAUCUGAAAACAUUCUACAAUGGAAAUUGUUAUUAGAUGGUGCCUGUACUGUGCUAUGGACCACGCACAUACUGCCAUACUGUUUUCAGAAGACUUGAAAUGCCACUGAUAGUUUAAAAACUGUACACGUGAUGGAGAAGUGAGGAAGACAAUGUUUCAUCCGAAUCCAGAGGUGCAUCAAAUUGAACGACAGCUCCAGUCAGCAAACAGGUGUUUCAUGAUGAUAUCCAAGAAGAAAUGGUUGGUGAUGGACAAUUCAGAAAUGCUUCCCCAAAAGGUGGAUGGUUCUUUAAAAAGUUUCAGAUCACAACCCUUGCAGAAAACACUGACGCCUGACACACUGAUUCUUGGUCCAAGAAACAUG